AUGAAAAGAGUUCUUUUACUCUUUGACGUUGACGGAACGCUAACCCCUCCUCGACUUUGCCAAACGGACGAAAUGAGGGCUUUGAUAAAGCGAGCGCGGGGUGCAGGGUUUUGUGUGGGUACAGUUGGAGGAUCUGACUUUGCAAAGCAGGUUGAGCAACUCGGACGUGACGUCCUCACUCAGUUCGAUUACGUAUUUGCAGAAAAUGGUCUACUGGCGUACCGGAAUGGAUUAGAGAUUCAUCGGCAAAGUUUGUUGAAUGCACUUGGAAACGACCGCAUUGUAAAAUUUGUUAAGAAAACGCUGCGGCUUAUUGCUGACCUUGAUAUUCCGGUCCAGAGGGGCACAUUUGUCGAAUAUAGGAAUGGUAUGAUAAACGUUUCGCCGAUAGGACGCAACUGCUCCCAGGCUGAGAGAGAUGAAUUUGAAGUUUAUGAUAACGAACACAGAGUCCGUGCAAGCUUAAUUGCGGAGCUGGAGAAUAGCUUCCCCGAUUUUGGGCUGAAAUACUCUAUUGGUGGACAGAUAAGCUUUGAUGUCUUUCCAGUAGGCUGGGACAAAACCUAUUGUUUGCAGUUUGUUGAAGACGACUUCGAGGAGAUCCACUUUUUUGGCGAUAAGACCCAAGAAGGUGGAAAUGACUACGAAAUUUACACGGACAAGCGGACUAUUGGGCACAAAGUUACUUCCUACAAAGAUACCAUUGCAGAGGUGGAAAAAAUAAUUGCCAUGAAGUAA